AAGUAAGGCGUAAGGUGUCGAAAGUUCAAAGAACUGACACAACUCAGCGCUUUGCACUUCAAGUGGCAUCAGAGGAAAGAAUGGUGUUACUUGGUAGACUGUAAGAGUCAAUGUAGACUUGUGGAUGGUGGAACAAAAUUCAACAUGGCUGCUCAAAAUAUGGCUGAAACUUUCCGUAUUCUCGUGACCUCAGACAUACAUUUAGGCUACAUGGAACACGAUCCGGUUCGGGGAAAUGACUCAAUCGUUACAUUUGAAGAGAUCUUGUCUCUGGCCCGAGAACAUGAGGUUGAUUUCAUUUUACAUGGAGGUGAUUUGUUUCACGAGAACAAGCCGUCCAGGUCAACACUUCACGCGUGUUUCUCCCUGCUCAGGGAAUACUGCAUGGGAGAUAAGCCUGUGCACUUUGAGUACUUAAGCGACCAGUCGGUGGAUUUCAAACAUUGUCGGUUCCCCACGGUAAACUACGAGGAUCCCAACUUCAACAUUUCUAUCCCCUUGUUUUCAAUUCAUGGAAAUCAUGAUGACCCGACUGGACAUGGGAAUCUGUGCUCAUUAGACCUGCUACAUUCUGCAGGACUCGUCAAUUACUUUGGAAAAGCCACGUCGUUAGAUAAGAUUCAGGUGUCUCCUCUUUUGCUGCAAAAAGGGAGUACCAAGAUUGCUCUGUAUGGAUUGGGCUCUGUCAGAGAUGAAAGACUGCACAGAAUGUUUGUGAAAAAGGACGUGUCAAUGCUGAGGCCUAAAGAAGAGCAGGACUCCUGGUUCAACGUCUUCGUGCUGCAUCAGAACAGAGCCCGCCACUCGGCGACUAGCUACAUUCCCGAGCAGUUCUUGGAGGAUUUCCUUGACCUCGUUGUCUGGGGUCAUGAGCACGAAUGUCGUCUCAAUGUCAGUCCGGGAAAAGUGGAGUGGAACCCGACACAAAAGCUUUUUGUCUGCCAGCCAGGCAGCAGUGUUGCCACUUCUCUCAGUGAAGGUGAGAUGGUACCUAAGCAUGUUGGCCUAUUGGAGGUGAAGGGGAAGGAUUUCCGCAUGAAGUCCAUUCCCCUGAAGACAGUGAGACAGUUUUACAUGGAGGACAUCUCUCUUGCUAAACACAUCAACCCAACUCACAAGGAUGCCAUGAAGAAAGCGGAAGAUUUUUGUGUCGAAAAAAUUGAGCAGUUUAUUUCAAAAGCAGAGGAUGAGCACUCAGGGAGUAGGAGGCAACCCACUCAGCCAUUGAUACGUUUGAGAAUCGACUACACAGGAUUCCAACCUUUCAGCUCUCAGAGGCUUGGACAAAAGUUUGUGGACCAUGUCGCUAAUCCCAAAACUAUGAUCCAUUUUCUGAGGGGUCGAGUGGAAAAAAUUGCAAGUGUGAAACAAGACCCACAGAUGAUGGAAAAGAUCAAGACGAUCACUCUGGACAGUAACCGAGUGGAGGACAUGGUGCGAGAUUAUUUUGUCAAGGCUGAAGGGGACAAUCAGCUGAAACUUUUGAGCGAGAAAGGGCUUGGAGAAGCCGUCAAGGAGUACGUGGACAAGGAGGAGAGAGAAGCCAUUUCACAACUUGUCAAAUAUCAGUUGCAAAAAACGCAGGGGUAUCUCAUGUCACGGAACUCGAAUGAAGAUCAGAUUCAGACAGAUCUGGGUAAAUUUAAGGAGGAGAGGAAGAAAAAGGUGACAGAAGAAGACGAAGACGUGAAAGUUGCUCUGGAGCGAGCAAAGUCUAUCCGUGAGUCCCAGCCGGAGAAUGGCGAGAACGAGACAGGCUUCUCUGAUGACAGUGACGACGAGGAUGGGCCCAGCUCUUCCACCAGGGGGCGAGGAAGAGGGGGCAGGGGGCGUGGCCGUGGGCGCGGCCGAGGGGCCAAGGCAGAUACUGGCGCUGACGGCUUAGAUGCCAGCACUUCCUCAAGGUCGUCCCGCGGAGGUCGAGGGUCACGGGGCGGUCGAGGUUCAAGGGGCUCCAAAGCAGCUGUUGUCAUGGAUACAAGCAGGAGCAGAUCUGUCCGAGACAUGUUUGCGUCCGCCUCUGCCUCAAACUCAAGUGCUGCUGGUGGAGAUUUCACUGUAAUCAGUGAUGACGAUGACGAUUCAGAGUUUUCCAUCAGCUCCGCCAGAGGGACGAACCAAAGAAGCACACAGCGCAGCAGAGGAAAGAAAGGACCGGUGUUCAUCGAGGACAGCUCUGAGGAUGAACUACCUGUACGAAAACGGAGGAAAUGAUGCGUGCUCAGUUGUUAAAUUGAACUUCUUAUAUUUUUAUUGACCGUAUGAACAGCUGUUUCGGGUUUUUUUCAUUCUCUUUUUUUUUCCCCGUCGUUUUUUUGGUGUUUUUUUGGCUAAGGUGCAUGUUA